AUGCCACCAAGUCAUGCAAUAUUUACUUUCCCACCUACAACAAGAGGAAUAUUUAAUUCAAAUCAAUCACUAUCAAAUUGUUCACCAUUACAAUUAUUAUUACAACCACUUCCACAACAAAUAUCUUUACAAAUGUCUUUACAAAUAUUGUUACAAACACCUUUGCAAGUAUCUUCACAAGUUUCUUUACAAAGAUCUUUACAAAUAUCAUCGCAAAUACUUUCACAAAUACUAUCACAGCUACCAACCAAUUUUUUACCACAAGUAUUAAAUAAUUUUUCAUCACAACCAUUAAAUACUUUUUUUUUGCAUUUAUCAAAUAUUCCUUUACAAACAUCAUCUAAUAUUUCUUUACAAAUGUCACCAAAUAUUCCUUUACAAAUAUCACCCAAUAUCUCUUUAUAUACAAUAUCUUCUCAAUUACUACCUAAUAUCUCUUACAACCUGCUUUUAUACCAUUUCUAA